CACUAUUUACUUUUCGCUCGCAAUUGCGAUGUUUAUUAUUGUGCAAACCGAUAACAUGGAUAUCGCAAAUACUCUAUCAAGGUCAAUUAAUUAGAUUACACUUCUUAAAUCAAUAUAAUUUUGUAGCACGAAACGUGAAUACACGAAAAGUGGAUAAAAAUUUAUCCUUAUCGUAAUGUCUCUUAGAAAAUUAAUAAUCAGGUCACUGCAACUAAGAGAUAAAUUUUGCUACCUGCCAGCUGUAUCACAUCACUAUAAUUAUGAAAAAUAUAAGGGCUUUGAUGACAAGUACAAGAAUUUUAAUUGGAAUAUAGGAGCUGCUAUAUUUGCAUCUGUUUUAGUGGGCUCUACAUCCUCAGAUGUCAGUAGAGACAAAUUGAAAAAGAACAAACAAGAAAAGACUGAUGAAAAUAAAAUAAUAGAAGCUGGAGAGAAGAAACCCAAUCUACCAACUUACAGUGCCGAGGAAAUCAGCAAACAUAACACAAAGAAUAGCUUCUGGGUGACAUACAGACAUGGUGUGUACGAUGUCACAUCAUUCCUGCCCUCUCACCCCGGAGGAGAACAAAUCUACAAUGCAGCGGGACUGAGCAUUGAACCUUUUUGGAAUGUAUAUGGAAUGCACAAAACUCGAGAAGUAUAUGAUUUGCUUGAAUCAUAUAGAAUAGGAAACCUGCACGACGACGACCUGGUCGACCACAGCGACGACGAGCUGUGGGCCACGGAGCCCUAUCGAGAUCCGCGCCUCAUCGUCAAGACCGCGAAGCCCUUCAACGCAGAGAUACCUCCAGAGUACCAGAUCGCGCACUUCGACACGCCCAACGAGUUGUUUUACGUGCGGCAGCACAUGCCUGUUCCAGAGCUGGAGGCGGGCAGCCAUCGCGUGCGCGUGGUGGUGGAGGAGACGGGGGCCACGCGCGAGCUCAGCCUGCACCAGCUGCAGCGCCUGCCCGCCGCCACCCUGCGCGCCGCGCUCAUGUGCGCCGGCAACAGGCGCAGCGAGAUGCACCACCAGGUGAAACCGGUAAAAGGAAUCAGUUGGGCGGGCGGAGCUAUAAGCAACGCCGUAUGGAGCGGAGUGUACCUGCGCGACGUGCUGCUGAGCUGCGGCGUGGACCCUGACGACACGGAGGGCAAGCACGUCAUCCUGACGGGCGCGGACAUAGACGCGACGGGGCAGAAGUUCAGCACGUCGAUCCCGCUGGCGACGGCGCUGGAUGCGGGGGCGAGGGUGCUGCUGGCCACGCACAUGAACGGGGAGCCGCUGCCGCCCGACCACGGCCGCCCGCUGCGCGCCAUCGUGCCCGGCGCGCCCGCCGUCAGGAGCGUCAAGUGGCUCGAAUGCAUAACGGUAUCUUCGGAGGAGAGCUCGUCGCACUGGCACAAGAAGGACUACCGCGCCUUCAACCCGUCCACGACGUGGGAGAGCGCGGAGUUCGAGCGCGCGCCGCCCGUGUACAGCCUGCCCGUCACCUCCGCCAUCUGCGCGCCGCGUCACGGAGACGCCGUGCCCGUGCGCGACGGACACAUCGAGGCCAGCGGGUACGCGUACUCCGGGGGCGGGGCGCGCGUCGUGCGCGUGGACGUGAGCGCGGACGGCGGGCGCAGCUGGACGGAGGCGCGCCUGCAGCAGGACGCGGCGCCGCACCGCGAACACUACGCCUGGACGCUGUGGACCGUGCACCUGCCCGUGCCCGACCACGCCGCACAGGCGGAGUUGUGGGUGAAGGCGACGGACGGCAACUUCAACACGCAGCCGGAGAGGUUCGACCACAUCUGGAACAUCCGCGGCAUCCUCAGCAACGCCUACCACCGCGUCACCGUGCGCCUGCACCGCUCGCGCUGACACGCUGGCACACCGACCUGGCACACCGACACACCGGCUCGCUCGCCCCGAGCACCUCAUCGAGGUCAUCACAUGUCGUGACAAAUAUGUACCUCUCAUUUUUGAUACUCUUUUGCAUAUUCUCUCUAUUGAACAAAACUCAUUUUUUAAUGGAACAAAAGAAACCAAAAAUAUCGAAACGUAUAAAGUAAUUAGUAACUUAUAUUCAAAAUACUAAACAAAUCUAGUCUUUUGUUUAAAAAUCGAAAUUUGCAUUGCUCGCUUUACUUGCUUGCUUUAUACUUAAGGAUCCU